GCUCUCUUCAGAGUCUCCUCCCGCGAAAUCCGUCUAUCCCGGAAGAGGAACGAGAUUUCUCACAGUGAAGAAGGAAAGUCUGUUGACAGCCGAAAUCCCACCCAGGCCACCGACAUUAACAACAUUUCUCAGUGUUUUAUCAAACCUGACAAGCAUCGCUUUGUAAUACAAGACGAACAGGAGCUCUCAAGGUAUGGAAUAUGGCAGCAACUGAGCCGCACCUUAUGUUGAGCGUUGGAUUAAUCGAGAAAGAUGUGAAUGGAGACACACUGUGGGUGUGGUGCUACCCCUCAGUGGGCUCAGACCUGAGGAAAGUCCUGCUCAGUAAGUGCUGUCUGACACACGAUGGCCGGGACUUCCACACCUUUGUGUUUGGUCAGUUCAGGCGUGUGUGGUACUACAUCACCACCGUGGAGGUACAAGAGCCCACAGCACUUCUCAAGGUGACUCAUUUUUCAGUAGUUGUUACAGCGAAAGACUUCAACCCUGAGAAGUAUUCUGCACUCAGUAGAGUCCUCUGCAGGAUGUACAUCAAAAAUGGCAGCCCUGUGAAAAUGAUGGAGGCAUAUGUCACUGUCCUUACUAAAGGCAUUUGCCAGAGUGAUGAAAAUGGAUCUUUUCUAAUCAAGGACUAUGAUGUCCGGAAAGCGUACUUAGCUGGCUCGGUCAAAGAUGUGGUGUCUCAGUUUGGUAUGGAGACGAUCAUCCUUUAUACAGCACUCAUGCUGAAGAAGAGGAUCAUCGUCCAUCACCCUCGAGUAGAAGCUUUGUUGGAGUUUACAAGAGUUCUUCCCUGCUUGACGUGGCACAGGAAAGACUGGUCCAUCCUGCACCCAUAUGUGCAUCUGACUGACGCUGAACUAGAGGAUCUGAAGAAGUGCCCUGGAUAUGUAGCGGGAUUUGUUGAUCCAGAAGUGAGCAACAGAAUGGACUUGUUUGAUGUGUAUGUGAACCUCCCAGAUAGUGUGAUCACUGUGUCCCAGAGUGCCAAAGAGGCCAUGGCUAUGGGGAAGUUACACAAGGACAUCGGGCAGCUCAUUCUUCAGUCUGCAGAGGAUGCUGAGAGGUCGGACAGUCAGGUCAUCAAGGACAUCUCUGUGAAGACCAAAGAGAUCCUGGCCAAUCUGGUGGCUCUGGCUGACGAGUGUGAAGACUCCAAAAUAACACUGGACGGUUUAAAGCAGCAUCAUUUUCCUCCGGCCACAGAGAACUUCCUCUUCCAUUUGGCAGCGGCUGAGCAGCUCCUGCGGAUAUAAACGUUUUUUUAGACUGCAGGAAGACAACAUUCCCACAGCACAGACUCUGAUGUUGUGUUUAUCUUUGUUUGUCUUAAAUGCUUGUAAACACUCAGGAUGAUCAACACAGUGUGCAGAGGGGACUCUCUCACAGUGCCCUCCAUGUGAGGGAGGAAAGUGUCACUCACAUCUGCACUCAUGUACUAACACACAACACAGCAGGGCCAGGGUCUGUUUACUGAAUCAGAGGAUACUUUGGCAGUGCUCUCAUUUUAUGACAACAAUCCUCAUGCAAAGACCAAAAUCUAUCUUUUAUAAUGACUGAUUGUGAUGUGUGAAGGUCUUCAGUGGGAACCAAGACCACCGAGGCCAAGCAGGAGGAAUGUUGGAGAAAGGAAAAACAGUAGAUUUUGGUUCUUUCAUGAGUUUUGCUGACUAAAAGAAAACUAGAGGACAUUUCCUUCCUUCUCCUUCAACAUGAGUCAGUCUGAAGUGUUUGUGUCCAGCUCAGUGAAAUGAAGCAGAUACACUGUCCUCUUCCAGCUGGUCCGUCACUUACAGACACCACGUCACUGAUCAGGUUCCUGUGUAGAGAAAUAUUUGUUGCAUGUGGAGAAGAGUCACGGCCAAAUUCCACCAGAACCAUGUCCGGUCCGUCUCCGAUCCGUCACAGCACCGGAUCUGAUAGGUUUCUAUUCUAGUCGAUGUGUUAACUUCCACUGGAUCCGCUCUGUUCAGGCUGCGUCUCUGAUCCGGCAGGUCAGAGCCCUGACUUUUAUUUUUUGCUGGAUGCCAGAGCACGAUGCAUCAAUCUCAACAGAGCAGAUGGAGCGAGACAGGAAGUCAGGUUUCACCAAAACAAAAUGAAAACAUCCGGUUAAUUUUCAGAAUAAAACACUCUGUGUUAUCACCAGAUCGUAUUUCACUUAACUACAACAACAAACCGUCAUGAUGAGCGGAGCCAGGCCUGGAGUCAACAGGUCAGAGGUUUUCAGAGGACCAGAAAGACAACAUGGAUGAGGAGAGGAGGAGGAGAAUCCUUGAUUCCGUGAUUACUGCAGGAAAACCUCGGUCACAUGACUCCAGCUGUCCGGCGGUCCUGCUCCGUGCUGCGUUCUGAACGAGAGAGCACAGAUCAGUAGAUCGGAGACGGACCGGUCACAGAUCUGGUGGAAGUCCCAUGUCAGACGCUGUUUUAUCUCAGACUGUAUGAAUGAAUGCAGCUGCAGCAGCUUCAUGAACUUGUGAAUAGAAAGUGCAUGAGGUUAUGGAGAGGUUAUCAAAUAUUUCAUAACGUGGGUUAAUCAACAUUUUAAACAAAUUUAAAAUAUGUUCUAAUGAAUUAAGUGUCAAACUAAACUGCAGGCACAUGUAGUUGUGUUGGAGCUUCCUGAAGACGUGUUUAGUAAAAGGUGAUUGGGUGCUCAUCAAUCUUACUGUUUAAGAAUAACUAUUGGUGCUCUCUUCAACAUUGAUUCCUUCAUGUGUGUCUUUUUUAAUCAGUGUGGAUAUGUGCCAUUGUUUUAAUACAUUAACUAAAGAUUUAGUGUCUCAGUAUUUCAGACUUUCAGACAAGACAUCAAGUGCAAUAUGUUGAGAUGCUCCUGUAACUAAAAAGUCUAAAUGUAUUUUUUGAAUUGAUGUAAGAUUUCUUAAAUACAAAUAUAUCUGCUAUUCAAACAAAACAAGUACCACGAA